AUGACUUCCAAGCUGGCUGUUGCUCUCUUGGCGGCUUUCCUGCUUUCUGCAGCUCUGUGUGAAGCUGCAGUUCUGUCAAGAAUGAGUACCGAACUUAGAUGCCAAUGCAUAAAAACACAUUCCACGCCUUUCCACCCCAAAUUUAUCAAAGAAUUGAGAGUGAUUGAGAGUGGGCCACACUGUGAAAAUUCAGAAAUCAUUGUUAAGCUUACCAACGGAAAAGAGGUCUGCUUAAACCCCAAGGAAAAGUGGGUGAGGAAGGUUGUGGAGGUAUUUGUGAAGAGAGCUGAGAAGCAAGAUCCAUGA